AUGUUUUCUGCAAUAAAGGCUACACAGAGAAAUAGAAUGACAAAUUCGUUAUUUAGCUCAACAUUUGCUAUAUGUGUAUUGAUGGUCGGAGCCAAUUCGCUUCUCCCAUGUCCAAUAGACUCGGUUCAUGGAAAUGAUUCGGUGAUCGACGAGAGAAUAAUUAAGAAGUCGAAUGAUGGCAACGAAAAAAUACAGACAAGGUAG